GGGAGCAGGUUGGUGUUGCUGUUUGCGAUGCGCAGGGCAUCCCGGCUGACACUUCCCUGCAGAAGUGAGUACCUGCAGAGCACAUGGGAGAAAGCCUACCAGGACCACAGGAAAAAGGUCCGGGAGGCCCAGCCCCUCGUGGACACCCGUGCCCCGCUGUUUCUCAGCCACUUCCACCUGAACCUCAAGAAGCUGAAGCUGGAGGAGGAGAGGCUCUCCGUCAUCGACAGGGACAACCGCCUGCUGCUGGAGAAGGUGGCCUGCAUCAUGAGGACCAGGGGACAGACUGACAGCAGAGAUGACUACACACACAGGAGUCUAAACAGGGGGAAAAGAGAACAGAAACUUCGCAGAGUUCAAAGGAAAGCAAUGUGCUUCAAAGAGAAAACAAAAUCAGUCUGGGAAGGAUCACAAACUCAGAGCCAUUGUAUGGAGCUAAAAAAUGGCAAGAAGACUGGGCAAGGACUGAGAAGUACCGGCACGCCCUCGAGAAGUAUCCUGGGAGUGGGCAGACGGGCAAGGGAAAAGUAGGAAAUUAAACUGAACUUUAAGCAAGGCUACAUUCAAGCCUGGAUCCAAAAUGUGAAGCAGAAAGGAGGACUCAGAACACAAACUGGGAGAAGAAGAUAAGUACGAGAAGCAGUGAUGGGGAAAUGGUAAGGCCGCCAUGGGCUCCCCGAUGCCCAAGCCAGCGCUGGUCUGGGGGAAGCUGGCCAGGUCCUCUCCACUGUUAUCACACCGAGAACAGCUGUAACUGUGCAUGAGGCAGCACCCUACAACUGUGCAUUUACACAAUG